AUGGCGAUGGAGAUGAUUCCGAUGGACGUGGUGACGGGGGAGAUCCUUACGAGACUGCCUGUUAAAUCUCUGAUGAGAUUCAAGUGCGCCUCAAAGCUUUGGUCAGAUCUCAUCAGAUCACGAAAUUUCAACAAACGUUUCCUCACGGUCGCAUCCCCUCGUCUUUACAUGUGUUUAUCGGAUGUCGGCUACCACCCUGAAAAUGUGAUCCUAUCAUUGGCACCAGACACAACUACUUGUUCCUCAUCCUUUGUUGUCGACAACGACCUGACCAUCCCACGAAAGGGAGGAUACAUCUUGCAAAGCCUUGGUGGCUUCAUGUGCUACCUCUUUUGGGACAACCUUCGCAUCUAUAGCCCUGCCACUAGACAACUUGUCACCUUACCCACCAUCAAGUACAACCGAAAACUUGACAAUUUCUUCUACUACUAUUUUGGACACGAUCCUGUUGACGACCAGUACAAAGCAAUCUGCUCGAUUGCGCCAUACGUGAAUGUGAUGGCAGAGCAUUGGGUCUUUGUCCUAAAAGCAGGAGGUUCGUGGAAAAAGUUGGCUCCUCCAACUACACCGGACUUCUGUACUCACGCUCCUGACAGACGAGGAGAGUUCAGAAUGAUCCCAAUACCUCGCGUGGACGGAGAUGAUCUGCUCCCUAGAAGGCUCAAGUAUCUGAAACUUGUAGAGUAUGGCCGAAAAGCAACUCUCCUUGACCAUACCAAUCUUAGAGACAAGGGCAUGCUUACUUUGUGGGACGUGCAAGACAAGGCAUGGUCAUGCAAGACUCUGGUUUUGCGGCCUUGUCAGCUGCAUUUGGUCAAAAACACUGAGUUCGAUGUCAAAGGUACAACUCAAAGUGGCAAGCUUUUUUUGAUACCACGUGAUUUGAUUUCACCCUUUCACAUCCUCUGUUAUGAUCUGCAAAGCAAUGACAUGAGAAGGGUUGAAAUCAAGGGAUUACCGAACCACUGGCUUAGAAAAGACAAAGCGGACAGACGUUUUGACUUAAUGUUUAUGGAUCAGAGUGAGAGCGUCAUGCACUUGGAGACUUGA